GAGAGAAAAAAAACAUGGAUGUUUAAAUCGGAAUCGUACAUUUCUUGUGACGCGUUUGUUUAUCACUCAGAAACAUUAAUACAAAUGCUGGACGGACUAAAUAUAAAGCGGUUCCAGCCGCAGUCCGUUUACUGUGGUGUCCGUGUGACUCGUGCACGACACUUUCUCCGAAAGCUCACACGCAGCGGAAGCCUCGUCAGGAAGCGAGUGUAGUCGUCAACGGCAGAAAUCAGGAAUAAAUAACACGUAACCGGAAGUGAGAAAAAGAAAACCCAAACCCCGCCGCGAGCUCAGUGAACACCAGCGAGCAGAGAUGCCGAAGAAGAAGACGGGUGCUCGGAAAAAGGCCGAGAGUCGUAAGGAGCGAGAGAAACAGACCCGGGCCAACCGGGAUCACGUCGAUGUGGCCAAACACCCCUGCAACUUCAACAUGGAUUGUGACAAAUGUCAGAGAAAACAGAAGAACCGAGCUUUCUGCUACUUCUGUAACUCGGUGCAGAAGCUGCCUGUCUGCGCACAGUGUGGCAAAACCAAGUGCAUGAAGUCGUCAGACUGUGUCGUCAAACAUCCUGGGAUUCACAGCACUGGGAUGGCCAUGGUGGGGGCAGUGUGUGACUUCUGUGAAGCCUGGGUGUGCCAUGGGAGGAAAUGUCUGAGCACUCACGCCUGUGCAUGUCCCCUAACGGAUGCAGACUGCAUUGAGUGUGAGCGUAGUGUCUGGGAUCAUGGAGGGCGAAUUUUCCGCUGCUCUUUCUGCCAAAACUUCUUGUGUGAGGAUGAUCAGUUUGAGCACCAGGCAAGCUGCCAAAUCCUCCAGGCAGAAACAUACAAGUGUGUGUCCUGUAACAGACUGGGACAACACUCCUGCCUGCGCUGUAAGGCAUGCUACUGUGACGACCACGCCAAGAGUAAGGUCUUCAAACAGGAGAAGGGCAAAGCUCCACCGUGUCCCAAGUGCGGCCACGAGACGCAGGAGACCAAAGACCUCAGCAUGUCCACUCGGACGUUGAAGUUUGGCCGCCAGGCUGGAGCCGAUGACUACGACGAUGACGAUGGUGCGUCAGGGUACGACGCCUACUGGAAGAACUUAGCGUCCGGAGGUGGAGACCGACAGGACGACUAUGACGAAGAUGACGACGAUGAGGAAGAUGAGGAGGAGGACGAAGAGGAGGAGGAGGAAGAUGAAGAAGAGGAGGAAGAGGGCGAAGAGGAAGCGGCUACUGAUUCCCUGGCUGCUCUCAAGUUGGACGGGACUGCUGCCUGAACUGAGACACAGACUGGAGAGCCUGUCCCAUAGAUCCGAGUGAUCUUCAGUGGAUGUUCACCAUGGUUACGGUUGCAGAAUUAUGGCGAAUCUGUGUAAAAUUGAGUUGGUAUGACGAAGGUUGGGUAUCGAAACAAUAUUACAUUUCUGUACAGAUACCUAAUCCGUUAACUCACUCAAUAUUCUGUUAACGUUGUCCAACUAAAUCAACACAAACUGCUGUACAGGAAGUAGGAGAAUAUAAAGACAAAUUAUAAUGAUAUAAGGCAAAAAUUUCACUGAUUUAUUAAAACAAACUCACACUCUGAAAAAAA